GAGCUCUCACAUUCCCGAGGAACGGGAGAAGAGUAUGCGCAGCCCUAACAACCCAGACCAGAUUCUCGGAUUGUUCAGGAGAGCGUAGAGAAUUGAGCCUCUUGACAAAUUCUAGGCGUCUUUUAGUAUGGACUACCUCCAAUCUCCUCGAUCCUUCUGUUAGCUAUCGGUGGUCCCCUCUGCUUGAUGGUCGGCGCGCAAAACAGGCCACCGCCUCCUGCAGGCGCCAUCCACGAUUUUACUGACAAUGAUCAGCCCACCUACCUUGUCAUUUUCGACCUAUAUAGCUGAUAUGUGUAUGAUCGAGAUUGACUGUAUAUGGGUUUACUUCCGUGUUGUGGGUGCGGGGCGGCGUUGUUCACAUUAUAUAUUUCAGGAUAAACCCUACCAAAUUGUCACGACAAUAAGAAUAGAUUAAUCGGUUCAAAAGAUAAUGAAUCCCUAGAUUCCUGAAUCUCUCAAGGGUUCUUAGAGUACAAAGUACUCACCCACUUUCAUUGCAGCAAAUUAUAUAUCGUAACCUGGAUCAACAUUAUUGCAGGUGGUCUUGGGCAUCAUGGGUCCUAGAGUGGUUCCUAGAAGCUGCAAGGGUAGGAUAGCCUUUGAACAUCUAUCCAAAAGGCCUCGAUGAUGUAUGGUCAAUUCAUGAUACGGAACUCUGGAACGUCUAAACAGAACACGCCCGUCUUCCUUGGGACCCUGGGCGCGAAUGGGAGACCGGGGCCUUUGCUUGGCAUCACAUGCGCCAAGCCAGGAGCCAGCAGCUGCCUACAAUCCCGCGAAGCUUCGGUGCCUACGUUUGCUUCAUGGGACUUUAUUACUUCAUCUACUCUGAGCCUCCUGCGGAGUCCCCGCGGCCAACGGACCAGACCAUCAGCACCGCAGCAUAAAAUGGGCGCCCUCUUCUCAACCCCCCAGCUAACCGAGGAGGACCAAAAAAGAAUCGAAGAGGACCUCGCGUGGCGCAAAGCACAUCCAGAACUCCCGUGCGUCCCUCCCGAAGCAGACGAAAGUGCUCCUUGCUACGCAAGCUUCCUGGACCAGGUGAGGGUCGUCCCGCAUAAGGAUGGCACCUGCCUGGUGGCAUAUGCAGGGCAGCAAGUCCGCUGUCUUGGGUGGUGGGAGCCGAAUCCAUUUGAUCUGCGCGGUGUCGAGGUUAAUGAGUAUAUCCUCAGGGCUGUUGGUGUUGAGAACCCUGCGGAGGCCGGGGGACAGGCGCAUCCGCGGAUUGUCAAGUAUCUGGGCCAGCUUACGCCCGGGUAUAAGCUGGAGCUCUUUGGAAAACCUGGCCCUCUACAGUCUCUCGUCCUCCCCACGCUAUCAGUCCCAAUUCCGGAUGAUGCUACAGGCCCCAAGCUGCCGCCUGUAUUACUGCUAUACUACCGCUGGGCCCUGCAGACUCUCUCCGCCCUCCAAUUCCUGCACUCACACUCCGUCUACCUCCGCGACUUCUCCUGCGACUCCAUCUGGAUCCGCGACAAUUUCUCAGCCGCGAUUACCGGCUUCAUCCAGGCCACAUUCCCUGGCGCCGAGCUAAUGGGCGGAGAAGACUUCCCUCGCCCUGGUGGAGGCGGGAUCGAUUUUUCCGAUUUCGAAGCUGAAUAUGACGAAGAGGGUUUCCAGAUUUAUGGGACGCCGCGCUCGGAUAUCUGUGAUUGGGCGACUGCUGUCUGGGAGUUUAUGACGAACGACCACACAGCCUCGCCGCCCCAGCGGCCUGGGGGUAUUUACUCGAUUGUUUGGCCCGAAGAUCCGAAGGGUUGGCCGGAGGAGUGGGAUUAUAAGGAGGAUGAGAGGAGGGCGAGGGAGAAGAAGUUUUGCCAGCUCGAGGAGGCGAGAUUAGGUCCUGUACUUGUCAAGGCCUGGAGUGGUGAGUAUAAGAAUGUUAGCGAGGUGAUCUGCGAUGUCCGAGCGGUUUUGAGAAAGAAGGGGAUUGAGGUUAUUGGUGAAGAUGAGGUUCUGCCUGGAGACACAAUGUCCUGGGGGGACAUGUUUACCAUCGUUCCUCCAUCUGGUGAACAUCCGUAUCGCACGGAGAUCCGUCUUCGCGAUAGACGGGGACUUGAUUCGAUGUCGAGGAUGGCUAUUUUGCCAGAGGUGAAACAGGAGUGAUUCCGAGAUGGCGCACCAGGGCAUACAGGCAGUAGGGGCUGUGUCGCUUAUUCCAGCACCAUGUUCAAGUUGAUCAAUUGAGCUGCUUGGCUGCUUCUAACUAUAAAGACCAGAUUCAUUUCUCUUGUCUUGGUUUUCUGUCUUGGUUAGGGCGCUGGCGAACUCCGCAACCUGGGGGGGGGGGGGGUUUCAAGUCACUCGGAUUAUGACGAAUCACAGAUGCAUGCUAGGUCACAUUCACGUCCUAGACAUAUCGUAUGCGACUUUAUAACCAAUUGGUAUGAUCGACCAUAUUCCCUACUCCACAUGACAAUUACCUGCCCCCUCGAGCCAUGGCAUACCAAGUAUACCAACCCGAGCUCCUUCAACCCUCUCCACCAGAGACACCAAAUCACAGACUUCUAACAAACGGCUCCAAUGGAAACACCUCUUUCUCCGCUUGAACACCCCCAUAAAUCCCCUCCCACCUCGACGCCAACCCCUCGGGCGUCUUCCACGCAAGCUCUGGAUCCCUCAACCAAAGCCUCACGAGAUGCCUCCUCUUCUCCUCGGAAUCCCUAAACCCGGCCCGCGCAUGGAAGAUCGACAGAUUAUUCACAAACUGGAUGUCCCCCUUGUGGAAGUCCAGCGAGACGGCGGAUUUCUCGGCGAGGUAGUGCAGUGCAUCCAGUGCUUCGGCUUGCGCUUCGGUUAGGGGUGGGAGGGACGGAUCGCGCGGUCGACCCCAGUAUCCCGUGAAUCCGCGGCGGGCGUACUGGAUAAUAAGCCUCUCAGGCUCAGACGAAGACGCAGAAGCCGGCUGAUGGAAAAGCAGCGGCCGCUCCACAACCCCACCCCCCUCCUCACUCACCCACGGCUCCGCCAGCGUCCGUACAAGAUCCGGCCUCGUCCUCGCAAGCUCAUUGUACACAAACCAGCUACUCGACAAGAAGCUCUGCCCGCCGCUAUCCGCCUCCCCCAGCGCAAACAACGCAACGAUGUCGCCGAUGUCCGUGUGGAAGACUUGUUUCUCCGUCGUGUAUGCCGGCGCCUUGAUCGCUGUCGGAUCCACCACACGGCUGAGGUCUGUUAUGUGUGCGAGCACGACGUCUGCGGGCUCGCCGUGGGCUGUCUUUGUAUCCUGCCGCCCGCGGACCGGCGCGAUGUGCGAGGCGAGCCCGGCGUAGAUGGUUAUGUUUUCUGAGCGCGUGUGGGAGUCGACGGGGAGGCCGCGGAGGACUUUGAAGCCGUGGCCGCGGUGGAUUUCGUGAGAGAUUGAGCGGAGGGUUGCGUGGAGGGUUGGGAGUGGGAAGGUUGUUUGGGUUAUGUAGCCGAGGGGGAGGUCCAGGCCUGUUUCUCUUGUCAGUGCCCACUCGUAGUAAUCUACAUCGGUUCAGCGAAGGGUGAAAUACUUUUGAAGUGCUCCAGCGCAGCCUCUACCUCGGCGAUAUCCUCCUUCGUCAAGUGGUAAUUCCAGUCGUAGGAUUCGGCCAGAUUCUUCCCAUCCCAAACAAGAUCGGACUCUAGCUCCAUUGGAAAGCCCUCCGGUAGAGCUUUUGGCAGGUCCUCUGUCUGUAGGCGCCUCUUCGUCCGCGCAGCGUACUUGACUGGAUC